GCAGUACUGGAGUAGCUUUGCUUUGGUGUCUUUCCCUUUCCUCUUAAGUCUUAAGUUGCUUAAACCUGCAGCACUCUUCUUCUUCUCUCUCUAUCCUUCUCUCUCUGCGCGGCCUUAGAUUCUGAAUCGCAAGGUUAUGCUUCUCUGUUUUCGCCGGUAGAGUGAUUGAGCUGUGAGGUUUUGAUUGGUUGCUAAGAGCAAUGUCGUCGUCGAGAGCGGGGCCGGAUCAGGGGCCGCCGCCGCAGCGGCGUAUCCAGCGGACGCAGACAGCUGGAAACCUCGGGGAGGCGGCGUUCGACAGUGAGGUGGUGCCGUCAUCGCUUGUUGAAAUCGCUCCCAUUCUUCGUGUGGCCAACGAGGUCGAAUCGCACAAUCCCAGAGUUGCUUAUCUAUGUCGAUUUUAUGCCUUUGAGAAAGCUCAUAGGUUGGAUCCCACUUCUAGUGGACGUGGUGUUCGUCAGUUCAAAACUGCUCUUCUUCAACGUCUUGAAAGGGAGAAUGAUCCAACUCUUAUGGGAAGGGUAAAAAAAAGUGAUGCACGUGAAAUGCAGAGCUUCUAUCAACACUAUUACAAAAAAUAUAUUCAAGCUUUGCAAAAUGCGGCCGAUAAAGCUGACCGCGCACAACUUACCAAGGCAUACCAGACUGCCAAUGUUCUAUUUGAGGUUUUAAAGGCUGUUAAUAUGACACAAUCUAUGGAAGUUGAUCGUGAGAUUUUGGAAGCUCAUGAUAAAGUUGCAGAAAAGACAGAGCUAUUGGUUCCUUACAAUAUCCUUCCACUUGAUCCUGAUAGUGCAAAACAAGCAAUUAUGACAUACCCAGAGAUUCAAGCUGCUGUUUUUGCUCUUCGUAACACCAGGGGUCUUCCUUGGCCUAAGGAAUACAAAAAGAAAAAAGAUGAGGAUGUUCUUGAUUGGCUGCAGUCAAUGUUUGGGUUUCAGAAGGACAGUGUGGCGAAUCAACGGGAGCACCUGAUAUUGUUACUUGCAAAUGUGCACAUAAGGCAGUUUCCAAAGCCUGAUCAACAGCCCAAGUUGGAUGACCGUGCCCUGACAGAAGUGAUGAAGAAGCUUUUCAAGAAUUACAAAAAAUGGUGCAAGUUCUUGGGCCGGAAAAGUAGCCUUUGGUUACCAACCAUACAGCAAGAGGUGCAACAGCGCAAGCUGCUUUACAUGGGUCUAUAUCUUUUGAUAUGGGGGGAAGCUGCAAAUUUGAGAUUCAUGCCAGAAUGCCUUUGUUACAUUUAUCAUCAUAUGGCAUUUGAAUUGUAUGGUAUGUUAGCUGGGAAUGUGAGUCCAAUGACAGGAGAAAAUGUGAAGCCAGCCUAUGGAGGUGAAGAUGAGGCUUUCUUGAAAAAAGUUGUGACUCCUAUCUAUAGCGUGAUUGCCAGGGAAGCUGAUUGGAGCAAACGAGGGAAAUCAAAGCAUUCCCAGUGGAGGAACUAUGAUGAUAUAAAUGAAUACUUUUGGUCAGUGGAUUGUUUCCGGUUGGGUUGGCCGAUGCGUGCAGAUGCUGAUUUCUUUUGCUUGCCUAGUGAACGACUUAGUUUUGAUAAAAAUAGUGAGGAUAGCAAACCAGCUAGUGGAGAUCGAUGGGUGGGGAAAGUUAACUUCGUUGAGAUACGGUCAUUCUGGCAUAUCUUUAGAAGCUUUGACCGCAUGUGGAGUUUCUUUAUUCUAUGUUUACAGGUUAUGAUAAUUGUUGCUUGGAAUGGCUCGGGCCAACCCACAUCAAUAUUUUCUGCCGAUGUAUUCAAGAAAGCUUUGAGCGUCUUUAUAACUGCUGCAAUAUUGAAGCUUGGGCAAGCUGUUCUAGAUGUAAUUCUUAGCUGGAAGUCUAGGCGGAGUAUGUCAUUCCAUGUUAAGUUGAGAUAUAUUGCUAAGGUCAUUUCAGCUGCUGCAUGGGUAAUAAUUCUACCGGUUACUUAUGCGUAUACUUGGGAAAACCCUCCUGGGUUUGCUCAGACCAUUAAAGGUUGGUUUGGCAGUAAUAAAAAUGCGCCCUCCUUGUUCAUCUUGGCUGUUGUUAUCUACUUGUCACCGAAUAUGCUGGCUGGGGUGUUGUUUCUUUUCCCAUUUAUUCGCCGAUUCCUUGAGAGAUCAAACUAUAGGAUUGUGAUGCUUAUGAUGUGGUGGUCACAGCCUCGUCUCUAUGUUGGGAGGGGAAUGCAUGAGAGCACAUUUUCUCUUUUCAAGUACACGAUGUUUUGGGUUCUUCUUAUAGUGACAAAGUUGGCAUUCAGUUACUACAUAGAGAUAAAGCCUUUAGUGGGUCCAACAAAAGCCAUCAUGAAUGUUCGUAUAACUAAUUUCCAGUGGCAUGAGUUCUUUCCCCGUGCAAAGAACAAUAUCGGUGUUGUGAUUGCACUCUGGGCUCCAAUUAUCCUGGUCUAUUUUAUGGAUACCCAGAUUUGGUAUGCAAUAUACUCGACAAUAUUCGGAGGUAUUUAUGGUGCAUUCCGUCGCCUUGGAGAGAUACGGACACUAGGAAUGCUAAGAUCUCGCUUUGAAUCAUUGCCUGGUGCUUUUAACGCCCGUUUAAUUCCGGUGGAUAAGAGUGAGCCAAAGAAGAAAGGACUGAAGGCUACAUUGUCCCGCACCUUUGGUCAUGUAAAAGAAUUAUUUUCAUUAUGUAGAAUUCGUUACAUGUCUGUUAUAUUUCCGAUUCUGGUUUGUAUUAAUGUGUCUACUCUGCAGGUUGAAGGUAGCAAAGAGAAACAGGCUGCAAGGUUUGCGCAAUUAUGGAACAAAAUAAUAAGUAGUUUCAGAGAGGAGGAUCUUAUAAGCAAUAGGGAAAUGGACCUUUUGCUUGUUCCUUAUUGGGCUGAUCGUGAUUUGGACCUCAUACAGUGGCCUCCAUUUUUACUUGCUAGCAAGAUCCCGAUAGCAUUAGACAUGGCCAAGGACAGCAAUGGCAAGGAUAAAGAGCUAACAAAAAGGAUCUUGGCUGAUGAAUACAUGCAUUGCGCUGUUCGUGAAUGCUAUGCUUCAUUUAAGAACAUAAUUAAGUUUCUGGUUCAGGGGAGCCGUGAGAAAGAGGUUAUAGAUUACAUAUUUCUUGAGGUUGACAAGCACAUAGGAGAGGGUAACCUGAUCCGUGAAUUCAAGAUGAGUGCUCUUCCUAGCCUCUAUGACCACUUUGUUAGCCUUAUCAAUUUUUUGUUAAAGAAUAGUCAGGACGACAGGGAUCAAGUUGUGAUUCUAUUCCAGGACAUGCUGGAGGUAGUGACAAGAGAUAUAAUGAUGGAGGACCAGGACCAUAUAACCAGCUUGGUAGAUUCAGUCAACGGAGGGUCGGGCCAUGAGGGGAUGAUGCCUCUUGAUCAACAUCAACAGCAUCAGUUGUUUGCAUCUGCUGGAGCUAUCAACUUUCCUCUUACACAUGUAACAGAGGCUUGGAAGGAGAAGAUUAACCGUCUUUAUCUAUUACUUACCACAAAGGAGUCUGCCAUGGACGUGCCAUCCAACUUAGAAGCUAGAAGGCGAAUUUCUUUCUUCUCGAAUUCAUUGUUUAUGGAUAUGCCUCCAGCACCAAAAGUUCGCAAUAUGCUUUCUUUCUCUGUUUUAACUCCUUACUACACCGAGGAGGUUCUCUUUUCCAUUGAAGGUCUGGAAAAACCGAAUGAAGAUGGUGUUUCUAUUCUCUUCUACUUGCAAAAGAUUUUCCCAGAUGAAUGGAACAACUUUCUUCAGCGUGUGAAUUGCAACAACGAAGAUGAUUUGAACAACUUUCUUAAAGGGUCUGAUGAAUUGGAAGAAGAACUUCGACUAUGGGCAUCAUAUAGAGGCCAAACUUUGACUCGUACUGUAAGAGGGAUGAUGUACUACCGGAAAGCUUUGGAGCUUCAGGCUUUUCUGGAUAUGGCCAAAGAUGACGAUUUAAUGGAAGGCUAUAAGGCCAUAGAGUUGAAUUCAGAAGAUCAAUCAAAGGAGGGAAGGUCACUAUGGGCGCAAUGUCAAGCAGUAGCUGAUAUGAAAUUCACAUAUGUGGUUUCAUGCCAACUGUAUGGGAUUCAAAAGCGAUCUGGUGAUCAUCGUGCACAGGACAUUCUGAGGCUCAUGACAACAUACCCGUCAUUACGAGUGGCAUAUAUUGAUGAGGUUGAAGAACCUAGCAAAGAUAGGGCUCAGAAGAUAAACCAAAAGGUUUAUUAUUCUACUUUAGUAAAGGCUGCUAUGCCAAAGUCAAUUGAUUCUUCAGAGCCAGUACAAAAUCUUGACCAGGUUAUUUAUCGCAUAAAGCUUCCGGGACCUGCUAUCUUGGGAGAGGGAAAGCCAGAAAAUCAAAACCAUGCCAUUAUUUUCACACGUGGAGAAGGCUUACAAACAAUUGACAUGAACCAGGAUAACUACAUGGAAGAAGCUUUGAAAAUGAGGAAUUUGCUACAAGAAUUUCUCAAACAUGAUGGCGUUAGGCACCCUUCAAUUCUUGGACUUAGGGAGCAUAUAUUUACGGGAAGUGUUUCUUCUCUAGCUUGGUUCAUGUCAAAUCAGGAGAACAGUUUUGUGACUAUUGGUCAAAGACUAUUGGCCAACCCUCUCAGGGUUCGAUUUCAUUAUGGCCAUCCCGAUGUGUUUGAUAGGCUCUUUCACCUUAGUAGAGGGGGUGUCAGUAAGGCAUCCAAGGUUAUCAAUUUGAGUGAAGACAUUUUUGCGGGCUUUAAUUCCACUCUCCGUGAAGGCAAUGUAACUCAUCACGAAUACAUACAAGUGGGGAAGGGGAGAGAUGUCGGUCUUAACCAAAUCUCCAUGUUCGAGGCAAAAAUUGCUAAUGGCAACGGGGAGCAGACACUCAGUCGAGAUAUAUACCGACUUGGACAUCGUUUUGACUUUUUCCGUAUGUUGUCAUGCUAUUUCACCACAAUUGGUUUCUACUACAGUACUCUGAUCACUGUCCUUACAGUGUAUGUCUUCCUUUAUGGUCGCCUCUACCUGGUUCUUAGUGGACUUGAAGAAGGUUUGAGCACUCAAGCAGCAAUUCGAGAUAAUAAGCCUCUUCAAGUUGCUCUUGCUUCUCAAUCAUUUGUUCAAAUAGGGUUUUUGAUGGCUUUGCCUAUGUUGAUGGAAAUUGGCUUGGAAAAGGGUUUCCGAACUGCAUUAAGUGAAUUCGUGUUGAUGCAAUUGCAAUUGGCCCCAGUAUUUUUCACAUUCUCACUUGGGACAAAGACCCACUAUUAUGGACGGACAUUACUGCAUGGUGGUGCCAAAUAUAGAUCGACAGGUCGUGGGUUUGUGGUGUUCCAUGCCAAGUUUGCCGACAACUAUAGGCUCUACUCUCGCAGCCACUUUGUUAAGGGUAUUGAGCUCUUGAUUUUACUUGUGGUGUACCAGAUCUUUGGUCAUACUUAUAGAAGUGCUGUUGCCUACAUUUUAAUCACUGUAUCUAUGUGGUUUAUGGUGGUUACCUGGCUUUUUGCUCCCUUUCUGUUCAAUCCCUCUGGUUUUGAGUGGCAAAAGAUAGUUGAUGAUUGGACUGAUUGGAAUAAGUGGAUAAGCAACCGUGGAGGUAUAGGUGUUCCACCUGAAAAAAGUUGGGAAUCAUGGUGGGAGGAGGAACAAGAACAUCUUCGAUAUUCUGGAAAACGUGGUAUUGUAGCUGAGAUACUGCUAUCCGUACGUUUCUUUAUCUAUCAGUAUGGGCUCGUAUAUCACUUGAACAUUGCAAAGAAAACCAAGAGUGUCCUGGUCUAUGGUAUCUCAUGGCUGGUGAUCGUCCUUAUUUUGUUUGUCAUGAAGACUGUAUCUGUUGGUAGGAGAAAGUUCAGUGCUGAGUACCAACUUGUAUUCCGGCUGAUCAAGGGAUUAAUAUUCAUUACUUUUGUGUCCAUUUUGGUCACUUUGAUUGUGCUGCCUCACAUGACCCUGCAGGACAUCAUUGUUUGCAUUCUUGCUUUCAUGCCAACUGGUUGGGGGAUGCUUAUGAUUGCCCAAGCUUGCAAGCCUAUUGUUCAAAAAGCUGGUUUAUGGCCAUCAGUUCGGACUCUUGCUCGUGGCUUUGAGAUUGUUAUGGGCUUGCUUCUGUUCACCCCAGUUGCAUUCUUGGCCUGGUUUCCUUUUGUUUCGGAAUUUCAAACUCGUAUGCUCUUCAACCAAGCAUUCAGUAGAGGUUUACAGAUUUCUCGUAUUCUUGGCGGGCAACGCAAGGAUCGUUCAUCCCGGAACAAGGAGUGACCUUGCUAACAAGAUCAACAUUGAAGCGAAGUUUUUGAUUGCUACGGUCAGAAGACUAGUUAAAAAAGAUCUUGUUGUGUUGUAAUUAUGAAUAUGUUGGGGUGCAUUUUUGUUAGUUCAAUUUAACUGACUGCAACCCUGUCGAUGUUCCGAUGGUAGUAAAAAUGCAUAUAUAUCUAGUUUUUAUUUA